AUGUUUGCAGAAGUUUGUGAUAGAGAUUCGAUAAAACCAUCGGAGAAUAUUUCUGCAACUGUCAUUUGUUAUAAAAAAGAUCAUGGAUCUAUUUUCACGUGUCCAUCGACGGUAAAUCACGGAACAACCUUGACAGAAGAUGUCUCAGCUACUGCAAUGACAGGAACAGGUAACGUUCAUUUUCAUGCUAUGCGGUUUCGAAAUGUGAUGCUUACUAUGACACUGAAUAUAAUGUGCUUCUUUAUUCAUCCAAAUAAAACGAAAAUCAUUUUUGAUGCAGAAACGGAUAUUCAAUUACAUACAACUGAACCAAGAUCCACGACUGUACUCUUUAGUAAGGAAAAUCCAUCAUCAAGCAACUAUCCAUCUUACAAUAAUUAUACGUAUACUUGGGUAGCCACUAAAACAUCAGCAACAUUGUCUUUCUUUUUCCGCCAUGAUCCCGGCGGAUGGAUGUUAGAUGAUGUCAGUGUAUCUCAUGGCUCUACAGAAUUAAUCAACGAUGGAGGCUUCGAAACGGGUAAUUUAAAUGCUUGGAACUAUUCAGGUUCGUGUUGGUACUAUACAGGACAAGCUUACAAGGAUUCAUCUUAUGCCAAAAGUGGUAGCUAUUACUAUUACGACCGCUGUAGAUCGCAUGGCGACACUAUAAGUCAAACAUUUUACACGGUGAUCGGUGAAACAUAUAUUAUAAGCUUUUGGUUAACUAACUAUUAUUGCUGCGGAAACACUGAAAUUGCUUAUGUCACAAUAGUUUGA